UCUUCCCGUGGCUUUGGCUAUGUAGAAGAACUCGGAUUUGUAUGUUUGGAAUUUUGUCCUGUUCUGUCCUCGUGGGUGCUCCAAGUCAGACAUCAUUUCAUACAAAUACUAAAUAAUUCAUGAUCGAUAGCCAAAUGACCAAUUCUUUGACGCAUUUUUCAUAAAUUUCACACGCUUCUAACAUCAAAAUAAAAGGCAUUUACAGAAUCUCACUAAUAAAAAUCCAAACGAUAGAGAAUCAACUAAUCAGACUUAUGCUGCUACUUUGAUUAUUUAAUCUCGACACUUGCCAUGAGUAAUAAAUUCAAGGACUUUCUUCAAAACGUUUUAAAGCCUUUCACUUCUAACUCAAACAGAGGGCAAACGGAAGAAGACUUGGAAGCAAUUGCAGCGCAAGAACAGAAGCAGUUCCCUUUUGAAACCCUUAAAGCUGCAACCAAGGAUUUUGACCCCACAAACAAGCUUGGUCAAGGUGGAUUUGGCCCUGUUUACAAGGGAAAAUUGAGUGAUGGGAGACAAAUAGCUGUGAAAAAGCUAGCACAUGGCUCAAAUCAGGGUAAGAGAGAGUUUCAGAUCGAGGCGAAGUUGUUGACGCGAAUGCAGCAUAGAAAUGUGGUGAAUUUGUUGGGAUACUGUGUGCAUGAUGCAGAGAAGCUGCUUGUUUACGAGUAUGUGGCUAACGAGAGCCUUGACAAACUUCUAUUUAAUUCUGGUAGUCAGCAAGUACUUGAUUGGAAGCAAAGACAUGACAUAAUAACUGGCAUAGCAAAGGGCUUGGUUUACCUUCAUGAAGGCGCUCAUACUUGUGUCAUACACCGCGACAUCAAGGCCAGCAAUAUCCUACUCGACGAUAAAUGGGUUCCCAAGAUUUCUGAUUUUGGCAUGGCUCGUCUCUUUCCUGAGGAUCAAUCACAUGUUAACACUCGUGUAGCUGGUACCAAUGGCUACAUAGCACCAGAGUAUCUCAUGCAUGGUGAACUUUCUGUGAAAGCAGACGUGUUCAGCUUUGGGGUUUUGGUUUUGGAGCUCAUAAGUGGACAGAAGAAUUUAACUUAUAAUCAUGAUCCUAACUCACGGAACUUACUUGAAUUGGUAUACAGGCUUUACAAGCAAGGUAGAAGCUUGGAGGUUGCAGAUCACACUAUGGCACCCUCAGCAAUUCCCGAAGAGAUAGCAAUGUGCAUACAACUUGGGCUGCUUUGUACCCAAGCUGAUCCAGCAUUGCGUCCCAACAUGCACGAGGUGGUGUUGAUACUGUCAAGGAAGCCAAGCACUCUCAAAGAACCAACAAGACCUGGAUUCCCAGGUUCCAGAUAUAGAAGGACUGCGAGGCCAUUACCCCCGACCUCUGGCUCUGGAACUUCAGGAGAAUACAGUUCUCGUUCUUCUGGUUCCACAACAAAUACAAACAGUGUCACUUCUACAUGGAGCCUCAAGAGUCCCAGAUUAGAUCCUCAUGGAAAACGUCCUAUGUAAGGUUAGGAUUGUCAUUGUAGGUGAAGAUUCUUUUAUAUGUAGUAUGCUUUUCUAUUACUGAUUUUGACGUAGCGGAAGCUUAUAAGAAAUAGCAAAGUUUCAUGAAAAAUUCAAAUUUGUUGAUUUGCUCACGAAUGUCAAGAAAGAGACAAUCAUGUAAGUGAAGUUUGUGAAUAUCCAAUCACAAUCGUAUACAUCUUGAUUUUUUGAAUA